AUGGACUUCCAAAUACUCUAUGGGGCCUACUUCAGACCGCUCCUGGAGUACGCCAACCAAGUUGUCUACUCAGGGCGUACAAAAGACGUUACCCUCAUUGAGCGUUCCCAGCGGGCCGCCACGAGAAUGGUUGCUGGCCUCAAAUCCGUGGACUACGAAACCCGUCUCGCGAUGCUUGAUCUCUUUCCCCUGGAGUACCGUCGCCUCCGAGGGGACCUAAUUCUUACUUACGCCCUGUUUGAACAAAGCUUGGCAAACAGGUUUUUUACCGUUGACCCAGCAAACACCCGGCGAGGACAUACAUCUCAGAAGGUCAGUGCAGUUCACGUCCCAACGACAGCUGUGAGAAAGGAGAUUCCGAAACUUGAGGACUUUUUGAGUAGGAGGGACUAUACUGGAGCACUGACACUGUUAGAAUUCGAACGCAGUUGUAGCAACUCUACCUUAGAGACCGACUUGUGGAUCGCCUACGCAGCAUUUCACUUGGGAGACUAUAAGCGUGCAGCAGACGAAUAUAAGAAAAUACUUUCUCGUAAAGAUGCUCCGGAUGAAGUUUCCAUCUACCUUGCAUGUUGUUAUUUCUUCCUCGGAAUGUAUCAAGAGGCUAUGGCACAUGCCAAAGAAGGUCCAUCCUGUAGGCUGCAAAAUCGUGUGCUGUUUCACGUGGCACAUAAAUUCAGUGAUGAACGUUUGUUGCUAAACUACCAUAACUCCUUGGCCGACGUGUUGGAAGAUCAACUUUCCUUGGCAUCCAUCCACUGUCUACGUAGCCACCAUCAGGAGGCGAUCGACAUCUAUAAACGAAUCCUGUUGGACAACCGUGAAUAUCUGGCACUCAAUGUGAAUAUUGCGUUAUGUUACUAUAAAAUCGAUUACUUUGACAUCUCACAGGAAGUGCUUGGAAUCUAUUUGCAAAAGUAUCCAGACAGUGCCACAGCAAUUAAUCUAAAAGCUUGUAUUAACUUCCGACUGUUUAAUGGGAAGGCGGCCGAAGCAGAACUGAAAGCAUUGCAAGAAAUGGCCUCGCCAUCGUUUACAUACGCCCGUGAUUUGAUCAGGCACAACCUGGUGGUAUUUCGCAAUGGGGAAGGAGCGCUUCAGAUACUACCACCUCUACUGGAUGUCCUCCCAGAGGCUAGGCUUAAUCUGGUGAUCUAUCAUUUGAAAAACGAAGAAAUUCACGAGGCUUUCGAGCUCAUAAAAGAUAUGGAACCGAGCACACCACAAGAGUAUGUCCUUAAGGGAGUAGUUCACGCUAUCCUGGGUCAAGAUCAAGGCUCUCGAGAACACUUGAAACUGGCUCAACAAUACUUCCAGCUUGUGGGUGGAUCAGCAAGCGAAUGCGAUACCAUCUCCGGGCGCCAAUGUAUGGCAUCCUGCUUCUUCCUUCUGCGCCAGUUUGAUGAUGUGCUCAUAUACCUGAACUCGAUAAAGAGUUACUUUUACAACGACGACACUUUCAACUACAACUACGCACAAGCCAAAGCCGCGAUUGGGGCGUACAAAGAGGCCCAGGAAAUAUUUUCCCUAAUCCAGUCUGAGCGUCUACGUUCAGAAUACACCUAUUUGAGCUGGCUCGCUCGUUGCUAUAUCAUGAACAAGCAAGGUCGCUUGGCGUGGGAACUCUACCUGAAAAUGGAGACAUCCACAGAGUCGUUCAGUUUGUUGCAGCUGAUUGCAAAUGACUGUUACAAGAUGGCACAGUUCUACUACGCAGCUAAGGCGUUCGAUGUCCUCGAACGACUGGAUCAAAAUCCCGAGUACUGGGAAGGAAAGCGUGGGGCGUGUGUAGGCGAGUUUCAACUCAUUAUUGAUGGUCAAGAACCGAAAGAACGCUUGAGGGAAAUAAUCCAAAUCCUUCGGAAUACAAACAACCCGCAAACGGAGUACUUCAUCCGAAUAAUGAAAAAAUGGGCCAAAGAAAACCGAGUACCAGUUUAAAUGAACUGUUGUUCGUUAGCCUGAGAUACAUUUUGUUGAAUCAGACACGAAAUGCAUUUAAUUACAUCU